AUGGCAAUGAGGAAUAUAUUGCACUGUUUCAUAUGUCCUGCGGCACUUCCUCCCCGAUUAAUGGUGCGUCUUGUUGGAGAUGAAAAUGCCGAUAAGUGUGCCAUAGCUCAACAAAGGCGUCUAGCAAACAUCAGGCCUAUCAUAGAAAUCAAUGAACUCACAAGAAUUUGUGCCAGCUGCAACAGAUCCAUUAUUAGGGAAAUAAAUGCUCUUCAGCGAGAUCCCGCUUGUUUGCGGCUCAAUGUUUUGACGCAAAGUUCAAGCCAUUCGUGUCUCAUUUGCAACUCACCAAAUGAACCCCGAUUAUCUACCGAGGCCAGGGUGAAUAUCUUCCUUAAUAGGGACAUAUAUGUUCCAGAAUAUGUCAAAAGUUGUGCUCACCAUUUGAACGGAAACGGUUUUCUUCUGCAAAGACUUCUGCCAGGUUUGAGAUUUGUAAACAGGCCCUACGUAAUUCCAGGUCGAGAGUUGCAAACGUUUUUGAAACACUUGAGAAACACAGCUAAUGAACAUCCCAAAAUUGAUAGCGAAGAUUAUUUUUCUGAUGCAGACUUUGAAAGCAUCGCCCUAUCACGAAAGUUCAGUUUAGAAGUUUAUAUGAUCUUUGCGAUCCUAUACCGAUAG